AUGCAGACGGACAGUGAAGCCAAGGCCGGCCCAGCGUUUCCAAAAGUAUAUAUAUUAUUAGCCGCUGUGUUGGCUUUGGCACUUUACAAUUUCCUUGGUACACCUGCCAGUCAUCUACCAGGAGUACGAACAGAUUACGUCCCCACCUUAACGGCGGACGAAGCAAAACGAGACGCAGUGGUAGAGGCCUUUAGACAUGCGUGGCUUGCAUACGAAAGAGACGCUAUGGGUGACGACGAGUACCACCCGAUCUCGCACACUGGCUCAAAUUUAACUAAAGCGGGGGGUAUUGGGUAUACUGUGGUAGACUCUAUCGACACAAUGAUUAUCAUGGGGCUGGAGGACGAGUACCAGCGUGCAAGGGCAUGGGUGGCAGACAAGCUCUCAUUCGAACGGGAUGGUAAAUUCAACACCUUCGAGACAACAAUUAGAGUCCUGGGAGGCUUACUGUCAGCAUACCAUUUGUCUGGGGACGACCCUGUGUUUCUCGAGAAGGCUCAGGAACUCGGUACCCGCAUUCUGCCCGUUUUUGAUACAGAGUCUGGUCUUCCAUUGUCAUUCAUCAAUCUAGCGCUUCGAGAAGGCGCGCCAGAUAGGGAUAAUGGCGGGUAUGUAAGUACUGCCGAGGCUGCAACAUUACAACUUGAGUUCCGCUAUCUGGCAUACCUCACAGAUGAGGAUACGUAUUGGGAGAAGGCUGAAAAUGUAAUGGCCACCCUGAGGGCGAGCGCAAUGUCGAGCGGACUAGCCCCCAUCUUUCUUGAUCCGAAAUCGGGUCAAUAUCAAACUUCGGCGAUUCGAGUCGGAUCUCGCGGGGAUUCUUACUACGAAUAUCUGCUGAAACAAUACCUGCAAACUAACCAAACGGAGCUUGUAUAUCACGAGAUGUAUGUCACUGCGAUGACAGGCAUCUACACACAUCUGGUAAAACGAGGGCUUUCCGGUCAGCUUCUCUUUAUAGCUGAACUUAACCCAGAGCGGACGCAAAAUGGGGAAAUCGGAUGGCGUUUAAUGCCCAAGCAAGAUCAUCUCGUGUGCUUCCUUGGCGGUUCCCUUAUGCUCGGUGCCACGACGUCUGGUGCCCUUGUUCACAAUGUCUCGAUUCCACCGCGAACCGACGAACUCACCGACGACGGCAAACGCGAUUGGCUUACAGGAGUGGAACUCGUUAACACCUGUAUGGCCACACAUGACACCCAAACCGGCCUGGCACCUGAAAUUGCGCACUUCCGUGCUCUGGGCGAUGGGAUGGGUGAUUCAGUGGCUUCCACGGACUGGUACAUCAAAGGCGCGCGCUCAGGUGCCCCUCCUCCUUUUGAUGCCCGGUACAUCCUCCGCCCGGAAACCGUCGAAUCUAUUUUCAUUGCCUUCAGGCUCACCGGCGAUCCCAAGUAUCGCGAUUAUGGCUGGGCGAUAUUUCAGGCCAUCGAACAGCAUUGCCGUAUCCCAACAGGCGGGUACGCAAGUGUGAUAAAUGUGGAUCAAGUUCCCGUGGAGUAUGACGAUAAAAUGGAGACUUUCCUGAUGAGCGAAACAUUAAAGUAUCUAUAUCUCCUUUUUGCGGAUUCGAGUGUGCUUCCUCUCAACGAAUAUGUCUUCAACACGGAGGCGCAUCCUUUGCCUGUGUUCAAUCCAACUAUACGCACCGGCUUUUCAUAGUUGUUCGUGCUGUGCCAUCGUCAGAUUGUCUGGGCGUAAUAUUAUUAGGCGACUUGUGUAUCUAGGCUUACCAGUCAUACUUGGACAAUUUCGGCUUUACCAUGUUCGCUUCGGACUAUCCAACACCAAUCAAUAUAUUACACGAUCCUCUAAAGUCUAAAUAAACCGCCCAGUCCAUUAAGUAUAAUAAUAACAAGGACCGACACGGUAAGACGUGGAGCUCGGAGAUGUAACGUGAGUUCG